AUGUCCGAAGAACUCACCUACGCUGAGGUGUCCAAGCACUCUACAAAGAAGGACCUCUACCUCGUCAUCCACGACAAGGUCUACAACGCGUCUACAUUCGUCGACGAGCAUCCGGGCGGUGAAGAAGUCCUCCUCGACGUCGGCGGCCAGGACGCAACCGAAGCAUUCGAAGAUGUCGGCCACUCGGACGAAGCACGAGAAAUCCUCGAGGGCCUCAAAGUUGGCAGCUUGAAGCGCGGUCCCGGCGACCCAGCCCCCAAAGUUGGAGCCACGGACAAGAUCGCAGCCGGUCCUGGGGGAAGGUCCGACGGCGGUGCUGGUCUCGGCAUCGCUGCCUACGCUGUCCUCCUGAUCGGUGCUGCUGUCGCAUAUUUUGGAUACACAUACAUGCAGAGUCAAGACAAGAAAUAG